AUGGAUUUCGUUGCUUUAGUCAGUGGAGGAAAAGAUAGCAUUUAUACAGCCUGUAAAUUAAUGGAUGAAGGUAACAAAUUAGUAGCACUAGUUCAUAUUUUUACCAUCGAAAAGUAUUCUGACUCAUAUAUGUAUCAGACCGUUGGAACAGAAGCGGCAAUACGUCUUGGUGAAUGCUUGAAUGUUCCAAUAUACUGUUUUAAAAGUAAAUGCAAAGCAGUAAACACAGACUUGGAAUAUUCAGAAUGCACAGAAGAUGAGGUUGAAGAUUUAUAUAAUGCAUUAAAGGCUGUUCUUGAGAAGCAUAGUUUUCAAGCGGUUUCAUCUGGUGCCAUACACUCAACAUAUCAGAAAAAUCGUGUAGAAAAUGUAUGUAAGAGACUUAAUCUGACAAGUCUUACUCCAUUAUGGAAAAGAGAUCAGAGGGAGCUUUUAAAGGAAAUGAUUGAUUAUGGAAUUGAUGCCAGGAUUAUUAAGAUUGCCAGUCCAUCAUUGAGUAAAAAGUGUUUAAAUGCAAAUUUGAGAGAAAUUAAGGAAUAUAUGGACAAUCAAAAAGUUAAAUAUGAGAUGAACUAUUGUGGAGAAGGUGGUGAAUUUGAAUCUCUAGUUCUUGAUUGUAGACAUUUUAAAAUGAAAAUGGUUGUUGGUUCAUAUGAAAUAUGCAGUCAUCCUGAUGAAAAAAACAGAGAUGAUGGUGUUUACUAUCUUACAUUACAUAAUUUAUCCGUUAUAGACAAGUAG